UGAUGAUAGCUAGCGAGGAAGAGAUGAAAUGAAACCUUCUCAAAAAAAAAAGCUUAAAAUGGCAAUAUGUCGAUAUUCCUUCUGCCUCUGUAAUCCCCCGUUACAUCAAGUACUAGCGAAUCCCACUUUCUUCUUCCCUCAAUCCCCUUCUUACUCCAAAAAAUUUACACAACUUCCACUCACACUUCCCAAUCGCCUCCGUCCGAUUGUAACCUGUGCUUCCCCGUCGACAUCCAUGGAAACUCCUCCGGCUGGGUACAGAAGAAACGUCGGUAUCUGUCUCAUGAAUUCUUCCAAAAAGAUUUUUUCAGCAUCAAGGCUCGAUAUACCGGACUCAUGGCAGAUGCCCCAGGGUGGUGUUGAUGAAGGUGAAGAUCCAAGAGCUGCAGCCAUCAGGGAAUUAAGAGAAGAAACAGGUGUUACAUCAGCUGAAAUUCUUAUGGAGUCUCCACACUGGUUGACAUAUGAUUUUCCUCCAAAAGUGAGGGAAAAGCUUAAUCGACAAUGGGGUUCUGAUUGGAAGGGUCAAGCACAAAAGUGGUUCUUGUUUAAGUUCACUGGAAAAGAUGAAGAAAUAAACUUAUUGGGUGAUGGCACUGAGAAGGCUGAAUUUGGAGAGUGGGCUUGGAUGUCACCCGAACAAGUGAUUGAUCGCGCUGUGGAUUUCAAGAAACCUGUUUACAAGGAAAUUAUCACUGCUUUCUCUCCUCAUCUUCAGUAAAACUAAAACUUGUCAAUCUAUGGAACCAUGUUUCAGCAUCUUUAUUUUAUUCCAAAUUCCAAAUACCAGUUAUCUUUUUAGAGGAUGUUAGGGGUAUAUUGGUCAUUAACAUAUGAAAGAGCAACUAUGAGUAAUCGUAAGAUAUUGUGAGCUCAUUGUAUAUGAUGAUUAUUCACAUGUGAAUGUCUAAUUCGAACA